UUUAUAUGCUCUCUGUGUAGAAUUCAUCUAUGACAGUACUGAGAAGAGAAUCACCUACAGAAAGGCAGUAGACUAGCAUGGUUUUAGAAGGAUAAAAUGCCAGGCAAAAAAGAUUUAAAAGCAGUAGCCAAGAAAGGAGGAAAACCGGAGCCAGAAAAAAGUAAACCAAAGGAAGAAGAAAAGAAAGGAAAAGAUGACAAAAAAGGAGCAAAAGAUGACAAGAAGGGUGGGAAAGAUGACAAAAAGGCAGGAAAGGAUGAUAAAAAGAAGGGAAAAGAAGAGCCGCCAAAAAGUAAAGGGAAAGAUGAUGGUAAGAAGGGAAAGGAUAAAGGUAAGGGAAAGAAAGAAGUUAUUGAAUCUGAGGAGGGUUCAGAUGCUGAGUUGAUGGAUGAAGACUUGAGCGAUGAGGAUGAGGAUGAGGAUGAAGAGUCAGAUGGAGACAAGAGAAAGCGUGGUGGAAAAGAUGCUAAAGGUAAAGCUGCAAAGGGAAAGUCCAAAUAUAGACAGCCUGAUUCUGAUGAAGAUGAGGAUGAUGAAGAUGAGGAUGAUGAAGAUGAGGAGGAAAGUGAAGAGGAGGAUCACAAAGCAAAGAAGAAAUCAAAAGAUCAUCAUAAAUCUAAAGCUGAGGAAGAUGGAAAGAAGAAGAAAGCAAAAAAGAAGGAAGAGUCUUCAUCUAAGCCACCACCUGAAGACAAAAAGAAAAGAGGACUCAAAAACACCUCAAAACUCUUUAUGAGGUUCUCUGGAUUUAAGAAGAGGAAGAGCUCAAAGAAGCGUCUUAAGAGCACUUCAAAGCUGUUUCUUGGACUUGGCAAAAGGAAGAAUCGCUUGCUUAGGAAAAAAAGGAGAAAGUCUCUCUUGAGGAAUGCUCCAAAGUUCAUGAUGCGUUUCAAAAACAGCAAGAAAAAGAAAAAAGAGAAGGAGAAAAAAGAGCCGUCAGGACCAAAGCCAACCUAUAUGCUUAUCAAAUUAGGUGGAAAUUCUAAAGAAGCAGAGAAGAAGCCAGGAUUUUUUAAAGGGCUUUUUGGAAAAAAGAAUUCAGGGGAUGGGACUGGUUUUAAAAAUAGGGGGCAAUUAUUAGGUAAGAUUGCUGGGGCAACAAACUGGCUGACCAAGAGGUUCCUCUCCAUUAAGGGGCGUCAGAGUGGAAGGGACCGUGAAGACUGGGGCCGGAAAAACAACAAAAAAUAUCCAUUUCCUGCUGGCAGUCGCCAAGCUAGCAUCCGAGCUCCUCCAGGUUAUCACAAUUAUGGAUAUGAAGAUGACACUGGAGGAUAUGAUUAUAAUAACCAGAGCAGAACGGAUAGGGGUGCAUUCCACAGAGAGUCAAUCCAGAGGCGCUCUAACAGGUAUAGUGAACAGUAUGCCCAUGUUCAGGGACAUUCUUCAUUUCCACAGCAAUACACACAAUAUGAAGAACCAAAUAACUAUUAUGACAUGCAAUCACAUGAUCAAGGCUAUUAUGAGUUGCAGGAUGGAUACUAUGACCCACACGCAGCCAUUCAGGAUGAGGGUGAAUAUUAUGAUGAUGGUAUAGACUACGGUGAUCCUUAUGGAGCUCAGGAACAGAUGGGCAAUUACCCACAGGAAGUGGGCUACUAUAGUCAACAGUAUCCACUGGAUCCUUAUUUCGAUGAUGGCAUGGAGUACUAUGAUGAUAAUCAGUAUCCAAUGGAGAACAGCUAUGAUCUGUAUGGGAAUGAAAUGAAUCCAUAUGCCCAAACUCAGUUUGGAUAUUAUGAUGACCCUCAGGGCUUCUAUAGUGACCCAUAUGAAGUUGAAAUUUCAGAUGAUCCAUAUAUGGAUGCUUAUGGGGAUGCUUAUGAGGAUCUUUAUUUUCAGGACUAUCAGGUUAACUACAGUGAAAUAGAUGUUGACCCAAAUCUGCAAUCUUCCUACAAUAUGUAUGAUCCAUAUAGUUAUCCAAUGCAAGAUAUUAUGGAAGGUGAAGAAGCUUAUGGAAUGUACGGUGAGAACUAUGGAGAUUUCUCGAUGGAAUCUAUGCCCCUUCACGGAGACCUGGAGUUCAGACUCCCAAGACCCCAGGUCAAGCUUUUUGGUAAAGAAAGGAUUGAUGUUGAGCUUCCUCCUUUGCCUCCACAAUAUGAUUUUGAGGAAAUGUCAGACAUACAAUAUGAAAAUUAUCCAUAUAUGCCUGGAGCCUCAAUGGAUGAUGGUUUUUCGCAGACAGUUUAUCCUCAAGAAAUGUUUCAUCCCACAAUGCAUCAAGUGCCCACACCAACAGCCAUGCUAAUUAAGCAAGCAAAUAAUCCCCAGGGAUUUGUCAAUCAACAUAUGUCACAUAUGGCUCAAGCUGGUGGAUUUCCACCAUCUCCCACACCAAGCAGGAGGUCUAUAGCAGGGAUGGCCUACCCUCUCCAUAAGCCUAUGUCACCCAUGGCACCCAUGGAACCUAUGUCAAGUUUUGGAGAGCCAAUAAUGGAAGUUAGGCGUUCCCCCGUACCUAUACGCAGACCGAGCCCCCAUGCCUCCCCGCAGCUAUCCAUGCAUCCUGCUGCUCCACUCCCUAUGAGAAGAAGCCCAUCCCCACAGCCCUCUCUGCGUGGCAUUGGAGGCAUGGGAGCACCUCCAUCCCCAAGACUAGCCAGAGGUAUGUCCUCUCCAAUAAGUCAUGUUCAACACCCUCCAUCUCCAAUUGGACGCAAAAUGAGCCCACCUGUUUCUCCAACACUUUCUAGACGUUCGUUUAGAGAAUAUCCACCCGCUUCACCAACAGUCCCUAGACGUUUGCAGCCUCAGGUUCCAUUUAGAGAAGGUCCACCUGCUUCACCAACAGUCCCUAGACGCUUGCAGCCUCAGGCAUCCUUUAGAGAGGCACCACCAUCUCCCCAGCCAGUGCCUGGCCGUAUGCCCUCACGAGCUCCCUCUCUCUAUACCAGUCCUCCAGCUUCACCUCGUGCAUCUAUUCGGAGGCGGAGCCCACCACAGUCUCCUCGUGCCUCAAUUAGGAGACCCAGUCCACCCUCCUCACCCUCACAAGUUCAUCGUCCAUUUGGUGCCAAGAAAUUUCAAGCUUCCCCAUCUCCACGAAUGAGUCCUCCAUCUUCUCCUCAGGGUAUGCGAGCCAUGGCCAAUGUUCAGAAGAGGGACCUUCACAGACCACAGUCUCCAUUAAUGCCUCAAAGAGUAUCACCUACUCCCUCUCGAAGAAGUUUUACUGUAGAACCAGACUCCCAACAACCACCACUGCAACAUAGAUCCCCCUCUCCUACCCUUUCCCGCAGGUCCACUCGCCUUAUGAAGGAUUCUCCACCUUUUGGGUCCCUUGGAGGUCGACUGCGAGGAAGGGGCCGUCCAAACAUCCCCAUGGGAGCUGUGAAACCAUAUCCUGGCAGAGGGGGUUAUUCUGGAACUCCAACACAAAAUGUACGGCCAUUUAGACCAUCCAUACGUAGUAACAGGUCCGUGAUGCCACAGGACUUCACAGCUUCCCCACAACUCUCAGGUCAACACACUGGGAUGGGCAUAAGGGAACAAAGUCGCUUCAAUCUUCCAGGAACACCUGGUCCAAUGAGAAACCCACAGAGACCCAUUGGUCGUGGCCGUCCACUCAUGGCCAGGCAGUCACUGAGGCGUGCACCUGGCAUGAUGCCCCCUUCACCACAACUUUCUCAAAAACACAUGCCCCCUCCAUCACCUCAGCCUUCCGUUAGACAUCUCUCCAGACCAGGCUCUCCUCAUCCAUCUAUUAAACAUGGCUCCCCAUUACCUAUGCGUCCCACUUCCCCUAGGGCUCUGCCUACUUCUGUGCUUUCUGGUCCUCCGAUGUAUGAAUCUUCAUUUGCAUCUCCUUUGCCUGUUGGCGCAGAGCCAAUCCCUGUAGAAUUUGAUCAUUUUAUUGGUGUUCCUCAGUCACCAAUGCUUACAAGUGCCCUCCAAAACCAAAUUGUCAGUAAUGCAUCCUAUAUUUCACCCUUCCAACAGCCCAUGUCGCCUUAUGCUCCUGAGAUCAUUAAUGUUCCACAGGUUCCUGGUCAUCCACCUUCACCAGUUCCCUCCCUUUCCCUGCAAACCCCUAAUCUAAGCAAUGCUAUGCAUGUCUCCCAAUUGCAAUCAGUACCCUCACCAUAUAAUCCUGAAAUGGUUGUACUGGGUCAGCAUACAGAACAGAUGGCGUCUCCAUUUUUGUCAAAUGCCUUACAAAAUGCUCAGCUCCGAGAAGCUUCUUACAUUUCGCCCCUGCAAAGACCAGGUUCACCUUAUGUUCCUGAAGUGCCAGUAUCACCUUUGCUCUCCAGUGCAAUUCACAAUCCACAGCUUCGCCAUGCUUCAUACCGAUCAUCUCUUCAAAGGCCACAUUCACCCUAUGCUCAGGUAGAGACAGGCUAUGAUUACAUUGAAGAGCCAGGUGCUGGCCCCCUUCUUUCCAAUGCUCUUCAAAAUUCAAAUGUCCGCAAUGCUUCUUACCGAACACAUUUACGUCGCAGGGGAUCCCGUGUUCCCCCUGGCUAUGGUCCAAGGGGAUCUCCAGCUCUUUCAACGGCUUUGCAGAACCAAAAUAUUCGUAAAGCGUCAUACCGAGCACCUGUCCAGGGAAUGGUCUCCCCUUAUACAACUGUGCCAGGUUAUAGGCAGGAUCCUAGGAAAUCUCCUUUUCUGUCUGAUGCAUUGCACAACCCCCAAGUCCGUGGUGCCACUUACCGCUUGCCUGAUGGGUCAUUAGUAUAUGGUAAUCAGGUAGCAAAUGUACAGUCUUCUCCAGUGCUUGCAGAUGCAAUUGGAAAUUCUCAGCUCCAGAAUGCUUCAUAUAGACUUCCUGCUGGGUCCAUAGUAGACCCACGACAGCAACAAUCUUUCUCACCAAACCUCUCAAAUGCUUUGCAGAACCAAAACAUAAGAAAUGCCUCUUAUAGACUUCCAGAUGGAUCGAUAAUAUACUCAGACUCUCAUUUACAGCAACCUUCUUCUCCAAACCUGUCCAGUGCCUUGCAGAAUCCAAAUCUGAGGAAUGCUACUUAUAGACUUCCAGAUGGAACUCUUGUAACAGCAGGACAACAACAGUCAACCUCACCAAAACUGUCACAUGCACUUCAGAAUCAGAACAUUAGGAAGGCAUCAUAUAGACUGCCAGAUGGGACAAUAAUAAUGGCUGAUCAGCAAAUGGAACCAACAUCUCCAAAUCUGUCCAGUGCACUGCAGAACCAAAACAUUCGAAAUGCAACUUACAGAUUGCCAGAUGGCACAUUAAUAACAACGGACUAUGGGCAGCCCACAUCUACUUCCCCAAAUUUAUCACAGGCACUUCAAAACCAACAAAUGAAAAAUGCCAGUUAUCGUUUACCUGAUGGCUCAGUUAUAACUGGUCCAGCUUAUCAACCUAAGUCUCCAAAUUUGGCAAGCGCACUUCAGAAUCGGGAUAUUCGCAGUGCUACCUACAGGUUACCUGAUGGUUCCAUAAUAAGUGCUGAUGCAAGUUAUAAACCUACAACCCCAACUCUCUCCUCCGUACUGAGAAAUGAAGAUUUGAAAAAUGUCUCUUAUAGGCUUCCAGAUGGAUCUGUUAUUUCACAAGCUUUGUAUAAACCAAGGAGUCCAAACCUCUCAAUUGCCUUGCAGAAUGAAAAUGUUCGUAAGGCCACAUACCAGUUAUCGGAUGGAUCUAUUAUUUCAGCAGAUCCUCGAAGACAUAAAAGUCCAAAUUUAUCACAGGCACUUCUAAAUCAAAAUCUCCGCCAGGCCACAUACAGAUUACCUGAUGGAUCAGUCCUCGCUCAAGGAUUUGAUGUCCCCACUUCGCCACAUUUAAUGGAUGCUCUAAAGAAUGCUGACCUGAAGAAAGCCUCUUAUCAACUACCUUCAGGUAUCUCCAACUAUUUGACAUCCUCUGGGCAGGUGGUUAUUGGACCAGAUGGCCGUUAUGCUGUAGUUCCACCACAGCGAAAAGGUCCAGGUCCAGAAGAUCACUGGGCUCAGAAUGACAGAGAGGGGCAAACUGCCGAGGACCAUUGGGCUGCAGAAAGAGUCUUGCCUCAUGACACAGUACAGAACCUCAUUAAAUGGUCUAUGUACCGAGAUGAGAAAAUGAUGGAAUUUCCUACUCCACCACCAGCUGGUCUUAGACCAGGGGAAACAGAGCUGCAGUGGGUACCAGAUCGUGAAGGGGAGCCAAAAGGACAGUGGUAUGAUAAGAUGUAUUCUAUAAGAAGCCUGCCUACUGUCAGCUACAGGGUGAAAAGGGAAGGGGAUGGAGCUGAGGACAUGACACAAAUGGAAGAGUUUACUGAGGCAGCAGUAUUGAUAAACCUGAAGACUCGCUUUGAUCAAGCGCUUGUCUAUACAUACAUUGGCAGUAUUUUGGUCUCUGUGAAUCCAUACCAACUAUUUAACAUCUAUGGCACAGAUGUGGUUCUGCAGUACGAGGGCCAUGGCUUGGGAGAUAACCCACCUCAUCUCUUUGCCAUUGCAAACAUUGCCUACACUACAAUGAUGGACAUCAAGCGAAACCAGUGCAUCAUUAUCAGUGGGGAAAGUGGUUCUGGAAAGACAGAGGCAACCAAACUGGUUCUGAGGUACCUCACUGCUAUUCACCAUGAGAGGAACAUUACACAACAGGUAAGUAUUCUUGAGGCAACUCCUCUGUUGGAGUCGUUUGGAAAUGCUAAGACAGUCCGAAAUGAUAACUCCAGUCGCUUUGGAAAAUUUGUGGAAGUCUUUUUGGAGGAAGGGGUGAUCAGUGGUGCCAUAACCUCGCAGUAUCUACUGGAGAAGUCCAGGAUCGUUUUUCAGGCCAAAGAUGAGAGAAACUACCACAUCUUUUAUGAGAUGCUGGCUGGACUUCCUACACACACGAAACGGGCCUUCUACCUACAGGAGGCUGAAACCUACUACUACCUGAACCAGGGUGGUAACUGUGAGAUCACGGGGAAGGAUGACGGGGAGGACUUCAGGAGGCUACAGAGUGCCAUGGACAUUCUCCACUUCAGUCCUGAAGACCAGAGCAGCAUAUUCAGAGUGCUGUCAUCCAUACUGCACUUGGGCAAUGUCUUUUUCCAUAGAGUGGAGACAGAAAUGCAGGAAACAGCUGGUGUGGUGAGCACUCAGGAGAUUCGUGCAGUAGCCGAUCUGUUGCAGAUUUCCCCAGAGGGUCUGCAAAAAGCCAUCACCUUCAAAGUGACGGUAGCAAUGAGAGAGAAGAUAUACACUCCCCUCUCAGUAGAAAGUGCUGUGGAUGCCAGAGAUGCAGUUGCCAAGAUCCUUUAUUCUUUGCUCUUUCAAUGGCUGACAGAACGUAUCAAUGGGCGGGUCUACCCCAGGAACGAAGCGCUGUCCAUAUCUUUACUGGAUAUAUACGGGUUUGAGAGCUUGACAUUCAACAGCUUUGAGCAGCUCUGUAUCAACUAUGCUAAUGAGAGCCUGCAGUUCUUCUUCAGCAAAAUCAUUUUCAAACAGGAACAGGAAGAGUACAUUCGAGAGCAAAUCAACUGGAAAGAACUGACCUUCACUGACAACCAGGCAUGCAUAGACCUUAUUGCUGCAAAGCCCCAUGGGAUACUCCGCAUCCUUGAUGACCAGAGCUGCUUUCCACAGGCCACUGACAACACCUUCCUUCAGAAGUGCCACUAUCAUCAUGGAAACAACCCCCUUUACUCCAAGCCAAAAAUGCCACUGCCAGAGUUCACUGUCUAUCACUAUGCCGGUCGUGUAACUUACCAGGUCCAUAAAUUCCUGGAUAAGAACUAUGAUCAGGUUCGGCAAGAAGUAUUGGAUCUUUUUAUGCAGAGCCAGAACCGAAUAGUGUCCAAUCUCUUCAUAAAGCAUGCUGAGAUGCUGAAUCAGCAGAAAGGAGCAAUGAAUAGGAACAGCACAAUGACUCGGAGAUAUCAGCCCUCUACUGUGGCCGCCAAGUUCCAGCAAUCACUACAGGAGCUUCUAGACAAGAUGGAGAGGUGCAACCCAUUUUUUGUGCGCUGCAUAAAGCCAAAUAAUAACAAGGAACCUGGUAUAUUUGACCCUGAGUUGGUUGCUACUCAGCUCAGAUAUUCAGGAAUCUUGGACACAAUCCGCAUCAGGAAAGAGGGCUAUCCAAUCAGAGUGCCGUUCCAUAAAUUCUUAAACAGGUACAAAGCCCUGCUAGGAAUGAAGAAGCCGCCACCUCCAGAUGGAGAUAACUGUAUCAUUAUGUUAAUGAAGCUCUGCCCAAUCAACAAAGGAGAUUAUCAAGUGGGUGUGUCAAAGCUCUUUCUAAAGGAGAAUGUGCAUCAGUUAUUGGAGAGUAAACGUGAUCGUAUGAUGCAUGUAGCUGCAUUGACCCUUCAGCGUUAUGUACGGAUGUAUUUUGUCCGGAAGAAUUUCCUCAAGUUCCGUGCGGACAUGACAAAACUUCAGGCUCACUGCAAGGGCUUCCUGGCCAGGCGGCGGUUUCUGCGAAUGCGUAUAAACCUGAUCAAGCACCGUGCAAUGGUCCGACUUAUUGUCAGCCGCAAAAGAUACAUCAGGGUCAACCUCCUCUUAGCGAGAAGAGCAGAGGAGGAGAGGAGAAGGAUUGAACAGGAGCGAAUAAGCAGGGAGGUGGUAAAUGUGACUCAGCUGGUUAUUCCUGCAGAGUUGGGAGGAUUGUUACAGGCCACAGCAGCUGGUAGGGAGCGUCAUUCAGACUGCUUGGCUCUGGUUCAGGCUCCAAGAAUACAAACAGACCCCCAGCUUACUCUUCCACUGGACAUCAACAACUAUUUGAUGACCAAAUAUAUACGCACACAUUUCAGGGAAUUGCAGUUUGGGAUGCUAACAGCUCCGCUGGAGAACUCACUGACCCGACUAGAAGAUGAUCUGAAACAGGAUGCUUUUGAUGUGUUUAUACUGAUUUUGCGUUUCAUGGGAGAUCCAAACCUGAAUGGAGCUCAAGAGAACCUGUUUGGAAAUUACAUCAUUCAGAGAGGCCUUGCCACUCCACCAGUCAGAGAUGAGAUCCUAGCACAGAUAGCCAAUCAGGUGUGGCAGAAUGAAAACACCAGAAAUGCAGAGAGAGGAUGGUUGUUGAUGGCCGCCUGUUUGAGUUCCUUUGCCCCGUCUGAGAAGAUGGAGAAAUAUCUGCUAAAAUUUGUGUCAGACUAUGCUCUGAAUGGCUUUAAGGCAUUGUGCCAACACAAACUCAUCCAAGCCAUGCAGAAAUCCUACCUAGUCCCCGAAGCGUCUCGAACAUACCCUCUAUCCCUGCUAGAGUGGACUGCCACCCGCAAGAAAGCACACAUGGUGCUCCAGGUGCACUGUUUUGAUGGUGUGUCUUUCCUGUGUCCUGUCCAUUCCUGGACAAAUGGAGAGGGACUUGCUGGAGACAUACUACAACACCGGGGCGUGUCCACUGAGAGCCGAUGGGGUUGGUCGGUUCUGAUGAAGGAGCCGGCGCAGUGGGUGGAGUUAGAGGGUCACGAUUACGUUCUGGAUCUGGUGUGUGACCUGGAGCUGCUGCCAGACUUCCCCAAACAGAAAACAUACUUCAUCAUCUCUACUGAAGACCCCAGCAAAGCACGACCUAACGCGAGCAUAAGUCUCUUUGGCAGUGGAUUUGAAGAGGAUGAGGAUGGACCGCUCUCAUAUGUCAACAGAACGAGCGCCAUUGCAACCAACAGUCUACCAAUUUCUGAAGGCCACUACAAUCUGGACUCAGAACCACCCUAUGAUGGCACUCAGAGAGGGAUGGACCGGUAUUUGGACAGCCUUUUUGACCCAGUUCUGUCUGAUGGAACUGGGGACCUUGAUGCAUCCGUUUUGUCUGGUAGGAUGAAGGGUGGUGGAGGUGUAGGUGGCGAUGAAGCACAGGCUCCUGCUAGGGUCAAUAUCUCACCCGCUCUUCAGCCUGGAGCAGUGAGAGUUCUGCCACCCAUACCAGGUGCUUCAGUAAUGCCCAGUAUGCCAGCGGUGCCCCCAGGGCCAGACCCCCAGCAAACUGUUCUGGCCCAACAGCAACAAACCAUCAUCAACCAGCAAGCAGUCAUUAUGGCUCAGCAGAUGACCAUGCAGGCGAUGGCUAUGGUGACCAGUCCAGUGUCCAGUCCACCAAUGUCUCCCCUCACCAGCCCCCCAACCAGCCCUCCACCCACUCCCCAGCACUCUGCCGCCCAGCCCGUACCCGCCGUCCCUCCCAGCCCCUACGCAAACCUCCCCCCCAGCCCUUAUGCCCAACUUCCCCUGUCCAUGUACACGAGCCCCCCGGUGACCCCCCACCCCACCAUCCCCUCCACCUCGAUCAACACCACCCCCAGCACCUUAGACAAGCAACAGGAGCUCCAGGAGAAGAAGAGCAGCCCCCCAACACCACAGCCACGGAGCACCACCACCACAAAGGCUGUUUCAUCUAAUGGGACAUUAGGGAAGAAACAAGCCCCCGCUGCACCAAUUAAACUUGACAGCAGGCCUGCCAAAAGACAUGCACCUGUUGCCAUCACGAGUCCCAUGCGUUCUGCUCCAGCUCCUGCCACAGAGGUGGUGAAAUAUUCGGUCUCUAACUCUGAGCACAUCAUUCCCAGCCACAACAUUAAAGAUAUCAUUAAGCAAUAUCAAACACCGUCCCCAGAACCUGUGCAGCAGAUACAGAGGCGAGAAGGUAAAGGUUUUGUGAAGAAGAUGAACCCACAUGAUGAGGCAAUGCAGAUCCUAAAAACACAGAGGGACAAUCCACCUCCUCCACAGAGAAAGGCUCCCACUCCAGCUGCUGUGUCCAGAGAUGGAGGCCUCAAACCAACUAAAAGCAGUAAGAAGAAAGCACCAGAGGCACCUCUAACUUUACCUCCACCAGUGUCCAGAGAUCUUCCAGUGGAAUCUGAGAGCAUCCAAACACAGCUGCACAGGAGCAGCACAGAGGAGCAUUACACCUACACAAACGUUCCCUGGAAGAUAUACCUCAGGAAGGAGGUCUUCUAUCCUAAAGACACUUGGAACCAUCCUCUAGUGCUGGACCUCAUAUUCAAACAGAUUGUUAAUGACACUUUCACAGAAGCCUGUGUUCGCAUUACUAAAGAGGAGAGGCAGAAGAUGAAAUCCUUGUUUGCACAAUAUGGCAUCGAGCCGAACACAGAUGUUCAGGAUGAAAGUGUGAAGAAAGCUGUGAUUACAGCUGCCAGGGAGUCAUGGGAGAUUUAUUUUUCUCGCUUGUUUCCUGCCUCUGGCAGUGUGGGUACUGGAGUGCAGGUGUUGGCAGUGUCUCACUCUGGUAUCAAACUUCUCAAGACAGUAAAAAGCAGCACUGCAGCUCCAGACUACUUCCGAGUGCUCCGACCGUACAGCUACACAGACAUCCUGUUUGUGACCAUCCCCUCUCAAAACAUGCUGGAGUUUAAUCUUAUGAAUGAGAAAUUGAUCCUGUUCUCGGCCAAAGCACCGCAGAUCAAACAUAUGAUUGAUCUCUUCAUCUCUCAUCUUAAGAAGGAUUCUGAGUAUGUUGUAGCAGAGAGAAACUUCAUCACAGAGGACAGAGCUCUUCUCAGCUUCCAUAAAGCAGAUAUCAUUCGUCUUCAGGCCAUGGAUGGGUUAGAGGAAGGUCAGAGUUACGGCUGCGUGGUGAAGAGAAAGGUUAUUUACCUCGAGGAGCUGAAGAGAGGCACACCAGAUUUUGGCUGGAGGUACGGGGCAGUGCAAGGUCGGAGUGGAGCGUUCCCCAUGGAUUGCGUGGUUCCUGUAGCUGCUCCUGAUUUCCUGAGUCUCCCAGCAGAGAGGAGAGACGAGCCGAGAGACAGACAGGGCCGAGUGGCAGCAUCAGGAGCUAUCGCUCUCGCUGUGGCCUCCACUGCGGCUGCACAUGAGCUGGACCCAUCACUAGAGGUAUAUAUAUACACAGUGUCACAAGGGCGUAGGUUUUCUGACGGAUUCAGGGAUUUUGGUGACUCUGAAGCUGAGGGGAAUGUUCUUUUGGACAGCCAGUACAACAUGGUGGAGUUUGCCAGAAAACAUUUCAGAAAGUCAGAUGGAAGCAAGAGUGAUUCGUUUAGAGAUAAGUCCAAAAAAGGUAAAGGAAAUAAAGACCCUGCGGAGAUGGUGAAAUUCAGCAAGAACCCUAUCCUAGAGUCCCUUAUAGACUUCACUGACCCCAACAUGAACCGGGUUGCUUCUGAAAUUUUCCUAGCCAUAAUGAAGUUCAUGGGAGAUCAUCCUCUCAGGGGCCAAUCAGAGCAGUUUGUGGUUUGCACCUUCCUUAAGUUAACGGGGGAAUAUGGACUGAUGAAGGAUGAGGCGUAUUGUCAAGUCCUCAAACAGAUCACAGCCAGUACCAGCUCUAAACCUGACAGCUGUCAAAAGGGCUGGCGGUUACUCUACAUUCUGACAGCAUUUUACCGCUGCUCUGAAGUGCUCAAACCAUUCUUACUCAAGUUCCUACGAGACGUCUGCAGAAGUCCAGAAGUGCUUUUUCAUGGAAUUGCUAAAGCUUGUGAGCAGAACCUGAGAAGGACCUUUCAGUUUGGUGGCAGGAGUGUUUACCCCAGUAGUAUGGAGCUCAAAGCUAUAAUGGCUGGCCGAAGCUCAAAGCGACAGUUGUUUCUGUUUCCUGGAGGAAUUGAGAGACAUUUGAAGAUCAAAACCUGCUCAGUUGCACUGGAUGUCAUAGAGGAGUUGUGUUAUGAGAUGGCGUUACAAAGGCUGGAGGCAAUGGAGGAGUACACAGUUUUCAUAGUGAUCAACAGAGGUCAGAAUGUGCGGCCCCUCAAUAAGAGAGAGUACAUAUUAGACAUCGCAACAGAGGCGGAGCAAAUUGAUCCCAACUACAGCUUCUGGUUCAGACGAGUCAUCUGGGCCCAUCCGCUCAAGUUCGACAACGAGCUCUGUGUCACCAUGCACUAUAACCAGGUUCUGCCAGACUACCUGAAGGGUCUGUUGAAUGUCGUACCUCAGGGAAAGAUCAGUGAACAGCAGUUUAACCAGUUUGCCAAACUUGCUGCUCUUCAACACAGAGCCAAAGACAGUCUUUACACGCCUACUAUUCAUGAGUUGACAGAAUACAUCCCAGUUGAGAUCUUUGGCAGACAGGGGCCUCAGCAGUGGAUGCAACUGGUUGCCCAACAUGUACAUGCCGUCCAAAGCCUGAACCCUCACCAGGCCAGAUCCCAGUUCCUGGGUUUGGUGUGUGCAUUUCCCAUGUUUGGAUCGUCCUUCUUUUACAUCCAAAGCAGCAGCAACAGCACCAUCUCUGCACCGUGCAUCCUCUCUGUCAAUCAGAACGGACUGCACUUCCUGCACAAAGACACUCAUGAGGUGCAGGUGAAGUUCCAGCUGAAGCUGAUUCAGUCUGCUCACACACAGCGGCCCAGCGCUGGAUCCAGUUACCCUUAUGUAGACAUCCUGAUAGGGGACUUAACCAACCACAGAGUCACACAGUUACAGCUGGAACAGGGUCUGGAGCUGUGUCGGGUUAUCGCCAUGCACAUUGAGAAUAUGCUCUCUGUCCGAGAGAAGAGGCUGACGCUGCCACCCAGUGAAAUCACCAUGCUGUAACAAAACCAUAUACAGAUACACAGUCUGUAUGCGAACAAAUACUAUGCUUUCUGUAUGUUUAUUCUCUAUAAUCAGGUUAUUUUCCAUUUACUGAUUCUCUCGUCGUGACUAAACCAAACCUCUCAAUGCAACGUUUGCACUAAUCAUGUGUAUUUGUUCACAAUGAAUAAAAAAGCAUUAUUUUUGUAUUAAAUGCAUAAUAUUUAUACAGAUGGAUUAUUAUUAUUAUGCAAAAUUGUCCUUUGGUACUGUAGAUGUGAAAGUAUUGAAAUGUUUUUAUAUUAAACGUUUACCACAAGCACAUAUAAGUUUGAAUGAAGAGAGAUGUUACUCAGGAGAACAGCAUGAAUGUAAUUUUUUUCUCAAUCACAUUCUCUCACACAGACAGACAAUGAAAUGGUGGUUUUCAAAGUAAUGUAAUGACAUUUUUUCACAGUCAAACUUUGUAUAUUUAGUUAUUAGGUAACAUAUGAGACCAAGGUCAUUAUAUUUGUAUUAUUUUUUUCUACAAUUUUCUUAAUAAAUGUAUUGAUUGAAACCAAAGUUAAUAAAUUUGCCUACUGUGAUUGUCUAUAACUUUCACAGUAUUUUGGAGAAACUGGAAUAUGAAUAUCACCUCUGAGAUCUAAGAUCUAAUUAAUGAAUAUGAUUAAAAUACAGAAAAUUGUUAACUGCAUAAGCCGCUUGUUUUUCA